CCAGCUGGCUCUGUCUUCUGUCACUUGCCCUGCUGGCGACUACCUACACCAGCUGUGCCCACUCAUCAUGGAGAAGAUCCUUGUCCUUCUGCUUGUCACCCUCGCUGUGGCCUAUGUGGUGCCUGACCCCCGGGGAAUCAUUAUGAACCUGGAAGAGGGCGAGCUCUGCAUGAACAGCGCCCAGUGCAAGAGCAAAUGCUGCCACCGGACAAGCGGACUGAGCCUGGCCCGCUGCGCACCCAAGGCCAGCGAGAACAGCGAGUGCUCUGCCACGACACUCUAUGGGGUUUACUACAAGUGUCCCUGUGAGCGGGGCCUGAAAUGCGAGGCAGACAAGUCCAUCGUGGGCUCCAUCACCAACACGAACUUUGGCGUCUGCCAAGAUGCUGGACGCUCCAAGGAGUGAAACCAACCACCCGCCCUGCCCCCAGCCCAGGACAGUUCCUGACCACCUCUCCCCUUCUGGCCUCCCCUUGACCGGCACCUGUUUCUGGUUGGGUUCUUGGCAAUUAAAGCCCCUCCUGCAAACCUU